AGGAGAUGGAGGAGAGGGAGGGAGGAGAGGAGGAGUUGGAGAGGAGAUUCAGGGAAAGGGGGAGGGAUUUGGAGAAGAGAUGGGGGAGGGAAGGGGGAGGGAGGGAAAGAAGGAGAGGGCGAGGGAGGGGAAAGGGGAGGAGGAGAGGAGAUGGAGGAGAGGCGAUGGAGGGAAGAAGGAGGUGGAGAUGGAGGAGAGGGAGGGAGGGAGGAGGAGAUGGAGGGAGUUGGAGAAGAGAUGGAGGAGAGGCGAUGGAGGGAAAGAAGGAGGUGGAGAUGGAGGGGAGGGAGGGAGGAGGAGAUGGAGGGAGUUGGACAGGAGAUGGAGGGAAAGAGGGAGGGAGGGAGGUGGUGGUAGUAGUAUUUAUUGGAACUCUUCCUCGGGUCCAAACAGGAAACAAAACAACAAAUAAAAUGCAUAAUAUAAAUAAUAAUCACUAAGUGCACAAAACAUUAAGAACACUUUCCUAAUAUCCCCUUUUACCCUCAGAACACUUUCCUAAUAUCCCCUUUUACCCUCAGAACACUUUCCUAAUAUCCCCUUUUACCCUCAGAACACUUUCCUAAUAUCUCCUUUUACCCUCAGAACAGCCUCAAUUCGUCGGGCCGGACUCUACAAGGUGUCAAAAGCGUUCCACAGGGAUGCUGGCCCAUGUUGACUCCAAUGCUUUCCACAGUUGUGUUAAGUUGGCUGGAUGUCCUCUGGGUGGUGGACCAUUCUUGAUACACAAGGGAAACUGUUGAGUGUGAAAAACCCAGCAGCGUUGCAGUUCUUGACACACUCAAACCGGUGCACCUGGCACCUACUCCAUAUCCUGUUCAAAGGCACUUAAAUCUUUUGUCUUGCCCAUUCACCAUCUGAAUGGCACACACGCAAUCCAUGUUUCAAUUGUCUCAAGGCUUAAAAAUCCUUCUUUAACCUGUCUCCUCCCCUUCAUCUACACUGAUUGAAGUGGAUUUAACAAGUGACAUCAAUAAGGGAUCAUAGCUUUCACCUGGUCAGUCUGUCAUGGAAAGAGCAGGUGUUCCUAAACCUACCCAAACCAAAAACCUUGGAAAGAUGGCAGCACUCCCAGACAAGCUAAACACCUUUGUCCGCUUUGAGGAUAACACAGUGCCACCGACGCGGCCCGCUCCCAAGGACUGUGAGCUCUCGUUCUCCGUGGCCGACGUGAGUAAGACACUUCAACUCAAUCACCAAGUUUGCAGAUGACACAACAGUAGUAGGCCUGAUUACCAACAAUGACGAGACAGCCUACAGGGAGGAGGUGAGACAGCCUACAGGGAGGAGGUGAGACAGCCUACAGGGAGGAGGUGAGACAGCCUACAGGGAGGAGGUGAGACAGCCUACAGGGAGGAGGUGAGACAGCCUACAGGGAGGAGGUGAGACAGCCUACAGGGAGGAGGUGAGGUCCCUGGCGGAGUGGUACCAGGAAAAAUAACCUUUGCCUCAACGUCACAAAACGAAGGAGCUGAUCGUGGACUUCAGGAAACAGCAGAGGGUGCACCCCCCUAUCCACAUCGACGGGACCGCAGUGGAGAAGGUGGAAAGCUUCAAGUUCCUUGGCGUACACAUCACUGACAAUCUGAAAUGUUCCACCCACGCAGACAGUGUGGUGAAGAAAGCGCAACAGCGCCUCUUCAAGCUCAGGAGGCUGAAUAAAUUUGGCUUGGCCCCUAAGACCCUCACAAACUUUUACAGAUGCACCAUUGAGAGCAUCCUGUCGGGCUGUAUCACCGCCUGGUAUGGCAACUGCACUGCCCGCAACGUCAGGGCUCUCCAGAGGGUGGUGUGGUCUGCCCAACGCAUCACCAUGGGCACACUGCCUGCCCUCCAGGACACCUACAGCACCCGAUCAUGAAGGACAUCAACCACCCGAGCCACGGCUUGUUCACCCCGCUAUCAUCCAGAAAGCGAGGUCAGUACAGGUGCAUCAAAGCUGGGACAGAGAGACUGAAAAACAGCUUCUAUCUCAAGGCCAUCAGACUGUUAAAUAGCAAUCACUAGACGGCUACCACCCGGUUACUGGGCAGUAGUCCAGGUGCGACAACUAGGGCCUGUAGGUUGUCUAGUUUAUUGAGAUGUCAAGAAAGCAGAGCAACACCUUAUCAUGGACAGACCUCUUCCCAUUUUAGCAACCAUUGAGUCUAUAUGUUUUGACCAUGCCAGCUUGCUAUCUAGGGUUACACCCAGCAGUUUAGUCUCUUCAACUUGCUCAAUAGCCACAUUAUUAAAUAAUAGAUUUAAAUGAGGUUUAGCGUUGAGCGAGUGAUUUGUCCCCAAAAUUAUGCUUUUAGUUUGAGAUAUUUAGCACCAGCCUAUUGCUAGUUACCCAUUCUAAAACUGCCUGGAGCGCUAUGUUAAGGGUGUCAGUUAUUUAUUUUACUGUUGCAGCUGACGUGUAUCCUGUUGAGUCAUCAGCGUACAGACACACAGGCUUUAUUCAAGGUCAGUGGAAGGUCAUUAGUUAAAACAGAAAACAAUAACGUCCCAAGCAAGCUGUCCUGCGGUACAACACACUCAAACGAACUUCCAUUAAAGAAAACCCUCUGUGUUCUAUUAGAUGGGUAACUGUCCAUUCAUGAUAAGGCAGAGGUUAUGAUCAAUGAUAUCGAAAGCUGCACUGAAGUCUUAACAAAACAGCUUCCACGAUCUUCUUACUAUGAAUUUCUUUCAGCCAAUCAUCAGUCAUUUGUGUCAGUGCCGAGCAUGUUGAGUGCACUUCUCUAUAAGCAUGCUGAAAGUCUGUUGUUGAUUUGUUUUCUGUAAAAUAACUUUGUAAUUGGUCAAACACAAUUUUUUCCAAAAGUUCCUACUUUGCUGAACUCAAAACUACAGUGAUUGUCUUUCAUUAUUUGGAACGUUAUGCGUGAAUAUGAAGGCUCAAUGUUUAUUCUUUGCAUGUCAUACCUAAAUUUGCUAAUCUAGUCAACAACAAUGUUAUUAAAGUGGUUGGCAAUAUCAAAGGGUUUUGUUAUGAACAAGCCAUCUGCCUCAAUGAAGGAUGGAGCCCAGUUUGCUUUCUUGCCUAGAAUUUCAUUUAAAUUACUCCAGAGCUUUUUACUAUCAUUCUUUUAUAUAAUUUAUAUUUGUUCCAUAAUAUAGUUUCUUCUUUUUGUUUAGUUCCCUGAUUUCUCAGUUUUCUGUAUGGUUGCCAGUCUGUAGUGUUGUCAGACCUAUCUGCUAUUCCCUUUGCCUCGUCCCUCUGUCAUACAGUAUUUCAGUUCAUCUAUCCAUGGGGAUUUGGCAGUUCUAACAGUCAGUUUCUUGAUGGGUGCAUGCCUUUCAGUAACCGGAAGAAGCAGUUUCAUAAAUGCUUCAAGUGCAGCGUCAGGAUGUUCCUCAUUACACACAUCAGACCAACAAAUAUUUGUCACAUCUUCGACAUCGGAAUCAUUGCAAAACCUCUUGUAUGAUCGCUUAUACACUAUUUUAGGUACCAGUCUUUGGAAAUUAGUUUUUUCUAGAUAUGGCUACUAUAUUAUGAUCACUACAUUCAAUGGAUUUGGAUACUGCUUUAAAGAAAAUGUCUGCCAUAGUAAAGAUGUGCUCAAUACACGUGGAUUAUUUAGUUCCUGUUCUGUUUGUAAUACUCUGGUAAGAGGGACAGAGAUGGAGGGAGGUGGAGAGAAGAGGAGGUGUUGACUGAUAUUGUCCUGAUGUACUGGACUGUACUCUAGCUGUUCUGUUGACUGAUAUUGUCCUGAUGUACUGGACUGUACUCCAGCUGUUCUGUUGACUGAUAUUGUCCUGAUGUACUGGACUGUACUCUGGCUGUUCUGUUGACUGAUAUUGUCCUGAUGUACUGGACUGUACUCUGGCUGUUCUGUUGACUGAUAUUGUCCUGAUGUACUGGACUGUACUCUGGCUGUUCUGUUGACUGAUAUUGUCCUGAUGUACUGGACUGUACUCUGGCUGUUCUGUUGACUAAUAUUGUCCUGAUGUACUGGACUGAUAUUGUCCUGAUGUACUGGACUGUACUCUGGCUGUUCUGUUGACUGAUAUUGUCCUGAUGUACUGGACUGUACUCCAGCUGUUCUGUUGACUGAUAUUGUCCUGAUGUACUGGACUGUACUCUGGCUGUUCUGUUGACUGAUAUUGUCCUGAUGUACUGGACUGUACUCUGGCUGUUUCUGUUGACUGAUAUUGUCCUGAUGUACUGGACUGUACUCUGGCUGUUCUGUUGACUGAUAUUGUCCUGAUGUACUGGACUGUACUCUGGCUGUUCUGUUGACUGAUAGUGUCCUGAUGUACUGGACUGUACUCUGGCUGUUCUGUUGACUAAAAGUGUCCUGAUGUACUGGACUGUACUCUGGCUGUUCUGUUGACUGAUAUUGUCCUGAUGUACUGGACUGAUAUUGUCCUGAUGUACUGGACUGUACUCUGGCUGUUCUGUUGACUGAUAUUGUCCUGAUGUACUGGACUGAUAUUGUCCUGAUGUACUGGACUGUACUCUGGCUGUUCUGUUGACUGAUAUUGUCCUGAUGUACUGGACUGUACUCUGGCUGUUCUGUUGACUGAUAUUGUCCUGAUGUACUGGACUGUACUCUGGCUGUUCUGUUGACUGAUAUUGUCCUGAUGUACUGGACUGUACUCUGGCUGUUCUGUUGACUGAUAUUGUCCUGAUGUACUGGACUGAUAUUGUCCUGAUGUACUGGACUGUACUCUGGCUGUUCUGUUGACUGAUAUUGUCCUGAUGUACUGGACUGUACUCCAGCUGUUCUGUUGACUGAUAUUGUCCUGAUGUACUGGACUGUACUCUGGCUGUUCUGUUGACUGAUAUUGUCCUGAUGUACUGGACUGUACUCUGGCUGUUCUGUUGACUGAUAUUGUCCUGAUGUACUGGACUGUACUCUGGCUGUUCUGUUGACUGAUAUUGUCCUGAUGUACUGGACUGAUAUUGUCCUGAUGUACUGGACUGUACUCUGGCUGUUCUGUUGACUGAUAUUGUCCUGAUGUACUGGACUGUACUCCAGCUGUUCUGUUGACUGAUAUUGUCCUGAUGUACUGGACUGUACUCUGGCUGUUCUGUUGACUGAUAUUGUCCUGAUGUACUGGACUGUACUCCAGCUGUUCUGUUGACUGAUAUUGUCCUGAUGUACUGGACUGUACUCUGGCUGUUCUGUUGACUGAUAUUGCCCUGAUGUACUGGACUGUACUCUGGCUGUUCUGUUGACUGAUAUUGUCCUGAUGUACUGGACUGUACUCUGGCUGUUCUGUUGACUGAUAUUGUCCUGAUGUACUGGACUGUACUCUGGCUGUUCUGUUGACUGAUAUUGUCCUGAUGUACUGGACUGUACUCUGGCUGUUCUGUUGACUGAUAUUGUCCUGAUGUACUGGACUGUACUCUGGCUGUUCUGUUGACUGAUAUUGUCCUGAUGUACUGGACUGAUAUUGUCCUGAUGUACUGGACUGUACUCUGGCUGUUCUGUUGACUGAUAUUGUCCUGAUGUACUGGACUGUACUCCAGCUGUUCUGUUGACUGAUAUUGUCCUGAUGUACUGGACUGUACUCUGGCUGUUCUGUUGACUGAUAUUGUCCUGAUGUACUGGACUGUACUCCAGCUGUUCUGUUGACUGAUAUUGUCCUGAUGUACUGGACUGUACUCUGGCUGUUCUGUUGACUGAUAUUGUCCUAAAAUAAACAAAGUUAUGCAACACCCAAUGUCCUUGUGUGAAAAAGUAAUUGCCCCCUUAAACUCAAUAACUGGUUGUGCCACCUUUAGCUGCAAUGACUCCAACCAAACGCUUCCUGUAGUUGUUGAUCAGUCUUUCACGUUGCUGUGGAGUAAUUUUGGCCCACUCUUCCAGGCAGAACUGCUUUAAGUCAGCGACAUUUGUGGGUUUUCAAGCAUGAACUGCUCGUUUCAAGUCCUGCCACAACAUCUCAAUUGGGAUUAGGUCAGGACUUUGACUAGGCCAUUCCAAAACUCCAAAUUUUUUGCUUUUAACCAUUUUCAUGUACAUUUUUACAUUUUAGUCAUUUAGCAGACACUCUUAUCCAGAGCGACUUAGAGUUAGUAGUCCAUACAUUUAUUUUUUUUCGAGCCCACAACCCUGGCGUUGCAAACGCCAUGCUCUACCAACUGAGCUACAUCCCUGCCGGCCAUUCCCUCCCCUACCCUGGACGACGCUGGGCCAAUUGUGCGCCGUCCCAUGGGUCUCCCGGUCACGGCCGGCUACGACAGAGCCUGGAUUCGAAUCAGGAUCUCUAGUGGCACUGCGCCACUCGGGAGACUAUGAUUGUGUGUAGACUUGAUUGUGUGUUUUGGAUCAUUGUCUUGCUGCAUGACCCAGCUGCGCUUCAGCUUCAGCUCACAGACGGAUGGUCUGACAUUCUCCUGUAUAAUUCUCUGAUACAGAGCAGAAUUCAUGGUUCCUUCUAUUAAGGCAAGUCGUCCAGGUCCUGAGGCAGCAAAGCAUCCCCAAACCAUCACACCACCACCACCAUGCUUGACCGUUGGUAUGAGGUUCUUACUGUGGAAUGCGUGUUUGGUUUUCGCCAGACAUAAUGGGAACCAUGUCGUCCAAAAAUGUAUACUUUGACUAAUCUGUCCAUAGAACAUUCUACCAAGAGUCUUGAUGAUCAUCCAGGUGCUUUUUGGCUAACUUGAGUGAACUUUUUGGAGAAAGAUCCCGGUUACCGGUGUAAAUCCCUAGGGCUGUAGCGCUGCCACAUUCCACUGCAGAUGCGGCAGACUGCUACAGGGGGAUUGAGACGCAGCCCAGGCAAAAAAACAUAUCUCUAGCUUAAACUGAUGGAUUUUGAUGGGGAGUUUUGUUACUAUGUUAAAUAGAUUGAGGCAUGGGUCAAAUGCCAGGAGAACGCUACCUUCCCGAAUGCAUAGUGCCAACUGUAAAGUUUGAUGGAGGAGGAAUAAUGGUCUGGGGCUGUUUUUCAUGGUUCGGGCUAGGCCCCUUAGUUCCAGUGAAGGGAAAUCUUAACGCUACAGCAUACAAUGACAUUCUAGAUGAUUCUGUGCUUCCAACUUUGUGGCAACAGUUUGGGGAAGGCCCUUUCCUGUUUCAGCAUGACAAUGCCCCCGUGCACAAAGCGAGGUCCAUACAGAAAUGGUUUGUCAAGAUCGGUGUGGAAGAACUUGACUGGCCUGCACAGAGCCCUGACCUCAACCCCAUCAAACACCUUUGGGAUGAAUUGGAACGCUGACUGCGAGCCAGGUCUAAUCGCCCAACAUCAGUGCCCGACCUCACUAAUGCUCGUGUCUGAAUGGAAGCAAGUCCCCGCAGCAAUGUUCCAACAUCUAGUGGAAAGCCUUCCCAGAAGAGUGGAGGCUGUUAUAGCAGCAAAGGGGGGACCAACUCCAUAUUAAUGCCCAUGAUUUUGGAAUGAGAUGUUUGACCAUGUAGUGUACAUAAACUCUUUUUUAAUAUCAUAAUUUAUAUAAAUAGUGCCCUUUAAUUCGUACAUACAUAAACUGUGUUUUUAACUUCUAUAAAUACUGCCCUCUGCUUGGUUCGUACAUGCCACCAGAGGUCUCUUCACAGUCCCCAAGUCCAGAACAGACUAUGGGAGGCGCACAGUACUACAUAGAGCCAUGACUACAUGGAACUCUAUUCCACAUCAGGUAACUGAUGCAAGCAGUAGAAUCAGAUUUAAAAAACAGAUAAAAAUACACCUUAUGGAACAGUGGGGACUGUGAAGAGACACACACACAUGCAUACAAACACAUGAUACCAUACGCACUAUACACACACGUACACAUGGAUUCUGUGUUGUAGAUAUGUGGUAGUAGAGUAGAGGCCUGAGGGCACACACUUAGUGUGUUGUGAAAUCUGUAAUGAAUGUAUUGUAAUGUUUUUAAAAUUGUAUAAACUGCCUUAAUUUGCCAGACCCCAGGAAGAGUCAGCAGCUAAUGGGGAUCCAUAAUAAAUACAAACAUAAACUGUGUUUUUAACAAAAUAAUAUAUAUUUUCCUCCCCAGUUCCUAAGGACUUGUGCCGAUGUCUUUAGACUCCUCCCCUUCCUGGUGUUCAUCAUUGUGCCGUUCAUGGAGUUCCUGCUUCCUGUGGCGCUGAAGCUCUUCCCCAACAUGCUGCCCUCAACCUUCGAGACGCAGUCCAAGAAGGUAGGACCACCUCCUUAACCCUAAUCUUAAAGGAAUGGUCUGGAUUUUUUUUUUACCCCAAUGGUUGUUCAGAUUCACGAUAGGAACAUGUAGGAAACAGCUUCCAUAGUUAAACAGCUAUGGACUGUAGUUUUCUGGAUUUCCCUCAGUGAGACUGUAGUUCUGUGGGCGUUCCUCGUUAAACAGCCAUGAGACUGUAGUUCUGUGGGCGUUCCUAGUUAAACAGCCAUGAGACUGUAGUUCUGUGGGCGUUCCUAGUAAACAGCCAUGAGACUGUAGUUCUGUGGGCGUUCCUAGUUAAACAGCCAUGAGACUGUAGUUCUGUGGGCGUUCCUCGUUAAACAGCCAUGAGACUGUAGUUCUGUGGGCGUUCCUAGUUAAACAGCCAUGAGACUGUAGUUCUGUGGGCGUUCCUAGUUAAACAGCCAUGAGACUGUAGUUCUGUGGGCGUUCCUAGUUAAACAGCCAUGAGACUGUAGUUCUGUGGGCGUUUCUAGUUAAACAGCCAUGAGACUGUAGUUCUGUGGGCGUUCCUAGUUAAACAGCCAUGAGACUGUAGUUCUGUGGGCGUUCCUAGUUAAACAGCCAUGAGACUGUAGUUCUGUGGGCGUUUCUAGUUAAACAGCCAUGAGACUGUAGUUCUGUGGGCGUUCUAGUUAAACAGCCAUGAGACUGUAGUUCUGUGGGCGUUCCUAGUUAAACAGCCAUGAGACUGUAGUUCUGUGGGCGUUCCUAGUUAAACAGCCAUGAGACUGUAGUUCUGUGGGCGUUUCUAGUUAAACAGCCAUGAGACUGUAGUUCUGUGGGCGUUUCUAGUUAAACAGCCAUGAGACUGUAGUUCUGUGGGCGUUCCUAGUUAAACAGCCAUGAGACUGUAGUUCUGUGGGCGUUCCUAGUUAAACAGCCAUGAGCGUGUAGUUCUGUGGACGUUCCUAGUUAAACAGCCAUGAGACUGUAGUUCUGUGGGCGUUCCUAGUUAAACAGCCAUGAGACUGUAGUUCUGUGGGCGUUCCUAGUUAAACAGCCAUGAGACUGUAGUUAUGUGGGCGUUCCUAGUUAAACAGCCAUGAGACUGUAGUUCUGUGGGCGUUCCUAGUUAAACAGCCAUGAGACUGUAGUUCUGUGGGCGUUCCUAGUUAAACAGCCAGAGACUGUAGUUCUGUGGGCGUUCCUAGUUAAACAGCCAUGAGACUGUAGUUCUGUGGGCGUUCCUAGUUAAACAGCCAUGAGACUGUAGUUCUGUGGGCGUUCCUAGUUAAACAGCCAUGAGACUGUAGUUCUGUGGGCGUUCCUAGUUAAACAGCCAUGAGACUGUAGUUCUGUGGGCGUUCCUAGUUAAACAGCCAUGAGACUGUAGUUCUGUGGGCGUUCCUAGUUAAACAGCCAUGAGACUGUAGUUCUGUGGGCGUUCCUAGUUAAACAGCCAUGAGACUGUAGUUCUGUGGGCGUUCCUAGUUAAACAGCCAUGAGACUGUAGUUCUGUGGGCGUUCCUAGUUAAACAGCCAUGAGACUGUAGUUCUGUGGGCGUUCCUAGUUAAACAGCCAUGAGACUGUAGUUCUAUACCAGUCGGAGAGCUUCUCUCCUUUCUACUGUCAGAGAAUCUGUUGUGUGUAGAACGGCUGCUGCAAGCGAUGACCCCCCUGACCCCAUGACCCCCCUGACCCCAUGACCCCCCCUGACCCCAUGACCCCCCUGCAGAGUUGGACGAUUAUAACUUUUAACAAGUGUUGAAUGAUCAGAAUCACCUUUAUUCGCCAAGUACAUUUACGGAACACUGACAUGCAGUGCUUACAGAAAGGAUUCACACCCCUUGACUUUUUUCACCUUUUGUUACAGCCUGAAUUCAAAAUGGAUUAAAUUGAGAUUUUCUGUCUCUGGCCUACACAUAAUACCCCAUAAUGCCAAAGUGGAAUUAUGUUUUUAGAAAUGUUUACAAAUUAAUUACAAAUGAAAAGCUGAAAUGUCUUGCGUCAAGUAUUCAACCCCUUUGUUAUGGCAAGCCUAAAUAAGUUCAGGAGGUAAAAAUGUGCUUAACAAGUCACGUAAUAAGUUGCAUGGACUCUGUGUGCAAUAAUAGUGUUUAACAUGAUUUUGAAAUGACUACCUCAUCUCUGUACCCCACACAAACAAUUAUCUGUAAGGUCCCUCAUUCGAGCAGUGGAUUUCAAACACUAAUUCAACCAAAAAGACCAGGGAGGUUUUCCAAUGCCUCGCAAAGAAGGGCACCUAUUGGUAGAUAUGUAAAAAUUUUUAAAAGCAGACAUUGAAUAUCCCUUUGAGCAUGGUUAAGUUAUUAAUUACACUUUGAAUAGUGUGUCAAUACACCCAGUCACUACAAAGAUACAGGCGUCUUUCCUAACUCAGUUGUCAGAGAGGAAGGAAACCAUUUCACCAUGUGGCCAAUAGUGAUUUUAAAACAGUUACAGAGUUGAAUGGCUGUGAUAGGAGAAAACUGAGGAUGGAUCAACAACAUUGUAGUUACUCCACAAUACUAACCUAAUUGACAGAGUGAAAGAAGGAAGCCUGUACAUAAUUUAAAUAUUCCAAAACGUAUCCUUUUUGCAAUAAGGCACUAAAGUAAAACUGCAAAAAUGUGGCAAAGAAAUUAACUUUAUGUACGGAGUACAAAGCUUUAUGUUUGGGGCAAAUCCAGCACAUCACUGAGUACCACUCUUCAUAUUUUCAUUUUUCUACUUGUGUGUAUGUACUGACAUGUAUGUUUAACUGAUAGAUGCACACACAUACUACAUGUUCAUGUUUUUAAAUGUAAAUUGUAAAGUAUUUUGUCUGUAAUGUAUUUUUUUGUUAUGUGUCAGACCCCAGUAAGACUAGCGGUCUCCAUUGGCGUCGGCUAACGAGGAUCCUAAUAAAUCACAUCAAGCCUGGUGGCGGCUGCACCAUGUCAUUGUCGUAGUGGGUGCAUAAUUAUUACUAACUGGAUGAAGUAAUUUCCUAAAUGUGUCCGGUGCAGCGUCUGGUUGCUCCUCAUUGCUCACCACAGACCAACAAAUUGCUUGAAUGGCCCCAACAACACAAGCAGGAGGCGUGGCCUAGCUUCUCCCCAAGUAGAACAAACUCAAAACGAAAUCUGUAAGCCACCUCGAGGGUAUGUGAGAAAAACGAAAACGUUAUUAGACAUUCAUGGGCAAUCAUUACUGUGUACCUACUGUAGCAGCAUGAAUAUCUCACAAACCUACGCUAGCUAGCUCCAACACACAUAAUAAUGAGCUGCACUGAGGCUAGCUAGCUAGCUCCAACACACAUAAUAAUGAGCUGCACUGAGGCUAGCUAGCUAGCUCCAACACACAUAAUAAUGAGCUGCACUGAGGCUAGCUAGCUAGCUCCAACACACAUAAUAAUGAGCUGCACUGAGGCUAGCUAGCUAGCUCCAACACACAUAAUAAUGAGCUGCACUGAGGCUAGCUAGCUAGCUCCAACACACAUAAUAAUGAGAUGCACUGAGGCCAGCUAGCUAGCUCCAACACACAGGUAUCAUUAACCUGAAAUGAGUUAUCAAGCCAUUUCUUUACUCUCUGCCAUAAUCAUUAAAACAUUCAUCCAAUUUUGCUCAUAAUGAGAUGCACUGAUGCUAGCUAGCUAUAACAUUAGGCUACAGUACAUUUUGGGUAUAGCAAACAUAGCUAGCUAGCUUGGCUUGUAGUGGUACUAGCAAGCCCCAUUAUGGCCGAAUCGAUCACAAAAUUAUAUACUGUACUGAACAACACUGCUUCGUGUGAAAAGAGAGCUUAGCUAUGUUGCUACCGACAGCAAAAAUAACUUCCUCGUUUGUCAUUUGCCCUCCUGGUCCAGCGGGUCUAGGCCGCUGCCGCAAGUUGAUCUUGGAUGUUCUGAAGAACCUUCCAGAAUCCAUAUAUGUGUUGAAACUUCGAUGGUCUGUUACACACACGUUCCAUGGGGUCUGCAGUGACCCUCUCUAAUUCGUUGCAGCACAGACAUUCUUCUGUCAGCAUGGCUGGACAGCUCCCACAUAGUCUGACCGUUAGUCUGUCCCCAUCGCUGCUUGCUCUGGUCUCGCAAUUCUUGAUCUCGCUGUCUCAACUCCUCUUCAGUGUAUUCCGGCUCAAAUGAAUAGGGCGUAUGUUCCUAUGUUAGUAUGUAAAAGACCAUCACAACCUGUUACGUCGUCCAGCUCUUUUUGGAAAGAGGAAUCACCAGAAGCAGCCAUUGUAAUUAUUUCGCUAGCCAUCUCAGAUAGACAGUGCAGCCCUGCUGAUUUUGUACGUUUGCCCACUGACAAAGAAAUGAUCAGUCUAUAAUUUUAAUGGUAGGUUUAUUUGAACAGUGAGAGACAGAAUAACAACAAAAAAAACAGAAAAACGCAUGUCAAAAAUGUUAUAAAUUGAUUUGCAUUUUAAUGAGGGAAAUUAGUAUUUGAUCCCCUAUCAAUCAGAAAGAUUCCUGGCUCCCAGGUGUCUUUUAUACAGGUAACGAGCUGAGAUUAGGAGCACACUCUUAAAGGGAGUGCUCCUAAUCUCAGCUUGUUACCUGUAUAAAAGACACCUGUCCACAGAAGCAAUCAAUCAAUCAGAUUCCAAACUCUCCACCAUGGCCAAGACCAAAGAGCUCUCCAAGGAUGUCAGGGACAAGAUUGUAGACCUACACAAGGCUGGAAUGGGCUACAAGACCAUCGCCAAGCAGCUUGGUGAGAAGGUGACAACAGUUAAUGCGAUUAUUCGCAAAUGGAAGAAACCCAAAAGAACUGUCAAUCUCCCUCGGCCUGGGGCUCCAUGCAAGAUCUCACCUCGUGGAGUUGCAAUGAUCAUGAGAACGGUGAGGAAUCAGCCCAGAACUACACGGGAGGAUCUUGUCAAUGAUCUCAAGGCAGCUAGGACCAUAGUCACCAAGAAAACACACUACGCCGUGAAGGACUGAAAUCCUGCAACGCCCGCAAGGUCCCCCUGCUCAAGAAAGCACAUAUACAGGGCCGUCAGAAGUUUGCCAAUGAACAUCUGAAUGAUUCAGAGGAGAACUGGAUGAAAGUGUUGUGGUCAGAUGAGACCAAAAUCGAGCUCUUUGGCAUCAACUCAACUCACUGUGUUUGGAGGAGGAGGAAUGCUGCCUAUGACCCCAAGAACACCAUCCCCUCCGUCAAACAUGGAGGUGGUAACAUUAUGCUUUGGGGGUGUUUUUCUGCUAAGGGGACAGGACAACUUCACCGCAUCAAAGGGACGAUGGACGGGGCCAUGUACCGUCAAAUCUUGGGUGAGAACCUCCUUCCCUCAGCCAGGGCAUUGAACAUGGGUCGUGGAUGGGUAUUCCAGCAUGACAAUGACCCAAAACACACGGCCAAGGCAACAAAGGCGUGGCUCAAGAAGAAGCACAUUAAGUUCCUGGAGUGGCCUAGCCAGUCUCCAGACCUUAAUCCCAUAGACAAUCUGUGGAGGGAGCUGAAGGUUCGAGUUGCCAAACGUCAGCCUCGAUACCUUAAUGACUUGGAGAAGAUCUGCAAAGAGGAGUGGAACAAAAUCCCUCCUGAGAUGUAUGCAAACCUGGUGGCCAACUACAAGAAACGUCUGACCUCUGUGAUUGCCAACAAGGGUUUUGCCACCAAGUACUAAGUCAUGUUUUGCAGAGGGGUCAAAUACUUAUUUCCCUCAUUAAAAUGCAAAUCAAUUGAUAACAUUUUUGACAUGCAUUUUUCUGGAUUUUUUUGUUGUUAUUCUGUCUCUCACUGUUCAAAGAAACCUACCAUUAAAAUUAUAGACUGAUCAUGUCUUUGUCAGUGGGCAAUCGUACAAAAUCAGCAGGGGAUCAAACCCUUUUUUCCCUCACUGUAUUAUCACCCCUGUUUUGAGACGGAAGUAGGGCUCCCGUCAGGCUGUAGUCUUUACAGGGGAAAAUAUAUCCUGCAAUGUCCUGGCAGAUGGGAACAACGUCCUGUAUUGAACAAGGAUAACCAUAUCUACUCGCUUGCUAGAGUGAUCGUGCAAUCGGCCAAACACAAAGGCCACAAUAAUUGCUACGAAUAAUUGCAGCAUCUCAAUCAAACACAUUUUUUAUUUAACCUUUAUUUAACUAGGCAAGUCAGUUAAGAACAAAUUCUUAUUUACAAUGACGGCCUACACCGGCCAAACCCGGAGGACGCUGGGCCAAUUGUGCCCCGCCCUAUGAGACUCCCAAUCACAGCCGGUUGUGAUACAGCCUGGAAUCGAACCAGGGGGUCUGUAGUGACGCCUCAAGCACUGAGAUGCAGUGCCUUAGACCACUGCGCCACUCGGGAGCCCUAUGACGUCAUUGGUUGAAAUCUCCUGCCGCAAAAAUUCUAAAAUACCGCUAUGGUGCAUAAUUAUGUCUGAAACACAUCUCAUCACUCAUAAUGAUGUAGGGAGACUGGAAAAACACUCAAAAUAGUUUAUAGCGGAGAAGUUUCCCUGUAAUCCCAUCCCACCUAUAAUCCCAGCCACAGCCUUCCUUAGACCCCUCACUUCCCCUAUAAUCCCAGCCACAGCCUUCCUUAGACCCCUCACUUCCCCUAUAAUCCCAGCCACAGCCUUCCUUAGACCCCUCACUUCCCCUAUAAUCCCAGCCACAGCCUUCCUUAGACCCCUCACUUCCCUAUAAUCCCAGCCACAGCCUUCCUUAGACCCCUCACUUCCCCUAUAAUCCCAGCCACAGCCUUCCUUAGACCCCUACUUCCCCUAUAAUCCCAGCCACAGCCUUCCUUAGACCCCUUACUUCCCCUAUAAUCCCAGCCACAGCCUUCCUUAGACCCCUUACUUCCCCUAUAAUCCCAGCCACAGCCUUCCUUAGACCCCUCACUUCCCCUAUAAUCCCAGCCACAGCCUUCCUUAGACCCCUUACUUCCCCUAUAAUCCCAGCCACAGCCUUCCUUAGACCCCUCACUUCCCCUAUAAUCCCAGCCACAGCCUUCCUUAGACCCCUCACUUCCCCUAUAAUCCCAGCCACAGCCUUCCUUAGACCCCUCACUUCCCCUAUAAUCCCAGCCACAGCCUUCCUUAGACCCCUCACUUCCCCUAUAAUCCCAGCCACAGCCUUCCUUAGACCCCUCACUUCCCCUAUAAUCCCAGCCACAGCCUUCCUUAGACCCCUCACUUCCCCUAUAAUCCCAGCCACAGCCUUCCUUAGACCCCUCACUUCCCCUAUAAUCCCAGCCACAGCCUUCCUUAGACCCCUCACUUCCCCUAUAAUCCCAGCCACAGCCUUCCUUAGACCCCUCACUUCCCCUAUAAUCCCAGCCACAGCCUUCCUUAGACCCCUUACUUCCCCUAUAAUCCCAGCCACAGCCUUCCUUAGACCCCUCACUUCCCCUAUAAUCCCAGCCACAGCCUUCCUUAGACCCCUCACUUCCCCUAUAAUCCCAGCCACAGCCUUCCUUAGACCCCUCACUUCCCCUAUAAUCCCAGCCGCACCUCUGAUCUCCCCUUUAAUCUAGCCCUGCCCCUGACCUUAGCCCUACCUAAUCUAGUGUGUGUGUGUGUGUGUGUGUGUGUCCCAGGAGGAGAGGCUGAAGACGGAGCUGCGUGUGAAGCUGGAGAUGGCUAAAUUCCUCCAGGACACUGUGGAGGAGAUUGCUCUGAGGAACAAGGCUGCCAAGGGAAACGUCACUGAGGAGUUCUCUACCUUCUUCCAGAAGGUACCAUCCAUCCUUCCAUCUAUCGCUACAGUCAAAACUCCUGUGUUCCUCUGUCUCUGCCCUUGUCCCCCUGUCUCUGUCCCCGUGUCUCUGACCCCUGUGUCUCUGUCCCUGUCUCCAUAAAAUCUCUGUUCCUCUGGGUCUCUGUUCCCCUGGGUCUCUGUUCCCCUGGGUCUCUGUUCCCCUGGGUCUCUGUUCCCCUGGGUCUCUGUUCCCCUGGGUCUCUGUUCCCCUGGGUCUCUGUUCCCCUGGGUCUCUGUUCCCCUGGGUCUCUGUUCCCCUGGGUCUCUGUGUCUCUGUCCCCCUGGGUCUCUGUCCCCCUGGGUCUCUGUCCCCCUGGGUCUCUGUUCCCCUGGGUCUCUGUUCCCCUGGGUCUCUGUUCCCCUGUCCCCCUGGGUCUCUGUCCCCCUGUCCCCCUAUGUCUCUGCCCUGUUCUCUGUCCCCUGGGUCUCUGUCCCCCUAUGUCUCUGCCCGUGUCUCUGUCCCUCUGUAUCUGUCUCUCUGUCCCCCUGGGUCUCUGUCCCCCUGGGUCUCUGUCCCCUGGGUCUUGCCCUGUUGCCCGUGUCUCUGUCCCCCGUAUCUGUAUCUGUCCCCGGUUCUGUCCCCCUGGGUCUCUGGCCCCCUGGGUCUCUGUCCCUGUCCCAUGUGUCUGUUCCUGUCCCCUGUCUCUUUCCCUGUCCCCCUGUGUCUGUCCCCCUGUGUCUGUCCCCCUGUCUCUGGCCCCCUGUCUCUGGCCCUGUCCCUGUCUCUGCCCCCUAUGUCUCUGCCCCCCCUGGGUCUCUUUCCCUGUCCCCCGUGUCUCUUUCCCUGUCCCCCUAUUUCUCCCUAACCAUCUCUGCCUCGUCCCCCUGUGUCUCUGUCUCUCCCCCUGUAGAUCCGUGAUUCUGGGGAGCGUCCCAGUAAUGAGCAGAUAAUCAGGUUCUCUAAGCUGUUUGAGGAUGAGUUGACUCUGGACAACCUGACUCGUCCUCAGCUGGUUGCUCUGUGUCGUCUGUUAGAGCUGCAGUCUAUAGGAACCAACAACUUCCUUCGCUUCCAACUCAUCAUGAAGCUACGAGCCAUCCGUGCUGACGACAAGGUCUGUAACCCCUGACCUCUAACCCCUGACCUCUACCCCUGACCUCUACCCCCUGACCUCUACCCCCUGACCUCUACCCCCUGACCUCUACCCCUGACCUCUACCCCUGACCUCUACCCCUGACUCUAACCCCUGACCUCUACCCCCGACAUCUAACCCCUGACCUCUAACCCCUGACCUCUGACCCCUGACCUCUACCCCUGACCUCUACCCCCUGACUCUACCCCUGACACUCUACCCCCUGACCUCUACCCCGCUUGACCUCUACCCCCCUGACCUCUAACCCCUGACCUCUACCCCCUGACCUCUACCGACUCUACCCCCCUUACCCCGACCUCUAACCCCUGACCUCUAACCCCUGACCUCUAACCCCUGACCUCUAACCCCUGUGACCUCUAACCCCUGACCUCUACCCCCUGACCUCUAACCCUGACCUCUACCCCCUGACCUCUACCCCCUGACCUCUAACCCCUGACCUCUAACCCCUGACCUCUAACCCCUGACCUCUAACCCCUGACCUCUAACCCCUGACCUCUACCCCCUGACCUCUACCCCCUGACCUCUACCCCCUGACCUCUACCCCUGACCUCUACCCCCUGACCUCUAACCCCUGACCUCUAACCCCUGACCUCUACCCCCUGACUUACGAUAAGGUCUGUAACGUCUAACCCCUGACUUCUAGCUACGAGCCAUCUGUGCUGACAGACACACCCUGACCCUUAGUUUGGUGAUGGAGGCUGAAUGAAGAACAGAAAUCAUCUGUAACCAGUGUUGACUAAAUAUGACUGAAUACUGUUGUCUGUCUGUCACCACUACAGCUGAUAGCGGAAGAGGGGGUGGACUCUCUGAGUGUGAAUGAGCUCCAGGCAGCCUGUCGAGUCCGAGGGAUGAGAGCUCUGGGAGUCACAGAGGAGAGACUGAGAGAACAGCUCCAGCAGGUAAUAAAUUACAUUAUUAUAUAUCUGUUAACAUAUCAGUGUCCUAAUGGAGGAGAGACAGUAAACGUACUAACCCUCGGUCCUAAAAACUGUUUUAAGAGACAUCUUUACUAAUGUGGUGAGAUGAUCUCUUGGUAAGUGUGUUGUAUUGAGUUGGUAAGUAGUAAAGUAUUUGUUGUUCUUCUCCAGUGGUUGGAGCUGCACCUGAACCAGCACAUCCCCACCUCCCUCCUCCUCCUCUCCAGGGCCAUGUUCCUCCCUGAUACUCUCUCCCCUGCAGACCAGCUCAAGACCACCCUGCAGAAUCUGCCUGACAUAGUGGUACGUAUGAUUUAUACUUCCACCUGUGAAAAUAGUGGUACAACGAUUAUUUUAUAGGGUUGUUAUACUCACAGAUAUCCUAACAUGGGAUCAAAACGUGUAGCGCUCUUCAUUUCUAGAGAGAAAAAAAAAAAAGUUUUAAUGUUGCCCACACAGCCUUCUGUUGUCACCCGGAGCAUCAUUAGUUUUCUUCACAUAUGUUCUCUGGCUCUGUCUCCAGGCCAGGGUUAGGGUUAGAGCUCUGUCUCCAGGGUUAGGGUUAGAGCUCUGUCUCCAGGCCAGGGUUAGGGUUAGGGUUAGAGCUCAGGGUUAGGGUUAGGGUUAGAGCUCUGUCUCCAGGCCAAGGUUAGGGUUAGAGCUCUGUCUCCAGGCCAGGGUUAGGGUUAGGGUUAGGGUUAGAGCUCUGUCUCCAGGCCAGGGUUAGGGUUAGGGUUAGAGCUCUGUCUCCAGGCCAAGGAGGCCCAGGGUUAGGGUUAGAGUUCAGGGUUAGGGUUUAGAGCUCUGUCUCCAGGCCAAGGAGGCCCAGGGUUAGGGUUAGAGCUCAGGGUUAGGGUUAGAGUUCAGGGUUAGGGUUAGAGCUCUGUCUCCAGGCCAAGGAGGCCCAGGGUUAGGGUUAGAGCUCUGGGUUAGGGUUAGAGCUCUGUCUCCAGGCCAAGGAGCCCCAGGGUUAGGGUUAGAGCUCUGUCUCCAGGCCAAGGAGGCCCAGGGUUAGGGUUAGAGCUCUGUCUCCAGGCCAAGGAGGCCCAGGGUUAGGGUUAGAGCUCAGGGUUAGGGUUAGGGUUAGAGCUCAGGGUUAGAGCUCAGGGUUAGGGUUAGAGCUCUGGGUUAGGGUUAGAGCUCUGUCUCCAGGCCAAGGAGGCCCAGGGUUAGGGUUAGAGCUCUGUCUCCAGGCCAAGGAGGCCCAGGGUUAGGGUUAGAGUUCAGGGUUAGGGUUAGAGCUCAGGGUUAGGGUUAGAGCUCAGGGUUAGGGUUAGAGCUCUGUCUCCAGGCCAAGGAGGCCCAGGGUUAGGGUUUAGAGCUCAGGUUUAGGGUUAGAGCUCUGUCUCCAGGCCAAGGAGGCCCAGGGUUAGGGUUAGAGCUCAGGGUUAGGGUUAGAGCUCAGGGUUAGGGUUAGAGCUCUGUCUCCAGGCCAAGGAGGCCCAGGGUUAGGGUUAGAGCUCAGGGUUAGGGUUAGAGCUCUGUCUCCAGGCCAAGGAGGCCCAGGGUUAGGGUUAGAGCUCAGGGUUAGGGUUAGAGCUCAGGGUUAGGGUUAGAGCUCUGUCUCCAGGCCAAGGAGGCCCCCAGGGUUAGGGUUAGAGCUCAGGGUUAGGGUUAGAGUUCAGGGUUAGGGUUAGAGCUCAGGGUUAGGGUUAGAGCUCAGGGUUAGGGUUAGAGUUCAGGGUUAGGGUUAGAGUUCAGGGUAAGGGUUAGAGUUCAGGGUUAGGGUUAGAGCUCUGUCUCCAGGCCAAGGAGGCCCAGGGUUAGGGUUAGAGUUCAGGGUUAGGGUUAGAGCUCUGUCUCCAGGCCAAGGAGGCCCAGGGUUAGGGUUAGAGCUCAGGGUUAGGGUUAGAGUUCAGGGUUAGGGUUAGGGUUAGAGCUCAGGGUUAGGGUAUGACUUGGUGGUGUAUCUUGGUCCCUCCAGGCUAAGGAGGCCCAGGUGAAGGGGAAAGGUUAGAGGUCAGGUGUUAUCCUGUAUAACGUGAUGUACGUCCCUCCAGGCUAAGGAGGCCCAGGUGAAGGGGAAAGGUUAGAGGUCAGGUGUUAUCCUGUAUAACGUGAUGUACGUCCCUCCAGGCUAAGGAGGCCCAGGUUAAAGUGGCUGAGAUGGAGCUGUCCCAGGUUGACAACAAGACCAAGCUGGAAGCCACGCUGCAGGAGGAGGCAGCGAUACGUCAGGAUAACAAGGAUAGAGCGAUGGAGAGGCUGGCGGAUGCAGCAGAGAGGACAGAACAAUCCCUCACGGGUGGGGACAUGGCUCAAUACUCAGAGACACUACAAGACACAGCUUCAGUCCUAGAGGGCAUCAAGGUAACACACAUCUCUGUCCUAGAGGGCAUCAAGGUAACACACAUCUCUGUCCUAGAGGGCAUCAAGGUAACACACAUCUCUGUCCCAGAGGGCAUCAAGGUAACACACAUCUCUGUCCCAGAGGGCAUCAAGGUAACACACAUCUCUGUCCUAGAGGGCAUCAAGGUAACACACAUCUCUGUCCCAGAGGGCAUCAAGGUAACACGCAUCUCUGUCCCAGAGGGCAUCAAGGUAACACACAUCUCUGUCCCAGAGGGCAUCAAGGUAACACACAUCUCUGUCCCAGAGGGCAUCAAGGUAACACACAUCUCUGUCCUAGAGGGCAUCAAGGUAACACACAUCUCUGUCCCAGAGGGCAUCAAGGUAACACACAUCUCUGUCCCAGAGGGCAUCAAGGUAACACACAUCUCUGUCCCAGAGGGCAUCAAGGUAACACACAUCUCUGUCCCAGAGGGCAUCAAGGUAACACACAUCUCUGUCCCAGAGGGCAUCAAGGUAACACACAUUCUCUGUCCCAGAGGGCAUCAAGGGAACACACAUCUCUGUCCUAGAGGGCAUCAAGGUUAACACACAUCUCUGUCCAGAGGGCAUCAAGGUAACACGCAUCUCUGUCCCAGAGGGCAUCAAGGUAACACGCAUCUCUGUCCCAGAGGGCAUCAAGGGUAACACACAUCUCUGUCCCAGAGGGCAUCAAGGUAACACACAUCUCUGUCCUAGAGGGGCAUUCAAGGUAACACACAUCUCUGUCCAGAGGGCAUCAAGGUAACACACAUCUCUGUCCCAGAGGGCAUCAAUGGUUAACACACAUCUCUGUCCCAGAGGGCAUCAAGGUAACACACAUCUCUGUCCCAGAGGGCAUCAAGGUAACACACAUCUCUGUCCCAGAGGGCAUCAAGUGUAACCCACAUAUCUGUCCAAGAGGGCAUCAAGGUAACACCAUCUCUGUCCAGAGGGCAUCAAGGUAACACAACUCUGUCCCAGAGGGCAUCAAGGUAACACACAUCUCUGUCCCAGAGGGCAUCAAGUAACAACAUCUCUGUCCACAGAGGGCAUCAAGGUAACACACAUCUCUGUCCAGAGGGCAUCAAGGGUAACACACAUAUCUGUCCCAGAGGGCAUCAAGGUAACACACAUCUCUGUCCCAGAGGUCAUCAAGGUAACACACAUCUCUGUCCCAGAGGGCAUUGUGGUCCUCUGUAGCUCAGCUGGUAGAGCACGGCGCUUGUAACGCCAAGGUAGUGGGUUCGAUCCCCGGGACCACCCAUACACAAAAAAAAAAUGUAUGCACGCAUGACUGUAAGUCGCUUUGGAUAAAAGCGUCUGCUAAAUGGCAUAUUAUUUAUUAUUAUUUAAUUAUUAACACACAUCUCUGUCCCAGAGGGCAUCAAGGUAACACGCAUCUCUGUCCCAGAGGGCAUCAAGUAAACUCAACAUGUAAAGUGUUGGUCCCAUGUUUCAUGAGCUGAAAUUAAAGAUCCCAGAAAUGUUCUAUAUGCACAAAAAGCUUAUUUCUCUCCAAUUCCUGUUAGUGAGCAUUUCUCCUUUGCCAAGAUAAUCCAUCCACCUGACAGGGGUGGAUUAAACAGCAUGAUCAUUACACAGGUGCACCUUGUGCUGGGAACAAUAAAAGGCCACUCUAAAAUGUACGGUUUUGUCACACAACACAAUGCUACAGAUGUCUCACGUGAGGGAGUGUGAAGUUGGCAUGCUGACUGCAGGAAUGUCCACCAGAGCUGUUGCCAGAAAAUGUAAUGAAAAUGUCUCUACCAUAAGCUGCCUCCAACGUCGUUUUAGAGAAUUUGUCAGUACGUCCAACCGGCCUCACAACCGCAGACCACGUGUAACCACGCCAGCCCAGGACCUCCCCAGACCACGUGUAUGGCGUCGUGUGUGCAGAGCGGUUUGAUGAUGUCAACGUUGUGAACAGAGUGCCCCAUGGUGGUGGGUGGGGUUAUGGUAUGGGCCGGCAUAAACUACGGACAACGAACACAAUUUGCAUUUUAUUGAUGGCAAUUUGAACGCACAAGGAUACUGUUUUGAGAUUUUGAGGUCCAUAGUCGUGCCAUUCAUCUGCUGCCAUCACCUCAUGUUUCAGCAUCAUAAUGCACGGCCCCAUGUCGCAAGGAUCUGGACACAAUUCCUGGAAGCUGAAAAUGUCCCAGUUCUUCCAUGGCCUGAAUACUCACCAGAUGUCACGCUUGGGAUGCUCUGGAUCGACGUGUACGACAGCGUGUUCCAGUUCCUACCAAUAUCCAGCAACUUCUCACAGCCAUUGAAUAGUAGUGGGACAACAUUCCACAGGUCACAAUCAACAGCCUGAUCAACUAUGCGAAGGAGAGGUGUCGUGCUGCAUGAGGCAAAUGGUGGUCACACCAGAUACUGACGGGUUUUCUGAUCCACGCCCCUACCUUUUUUUAAGGUAUAUGUGACCAAAAGAUGCAGAUCUGUAUUCCCAAUCAUGUGAAAUACAUAGAUUUGGGCCUAAUGAAUUUAUUUCAUUCGACUGAUUUCCUUAUAUGACUGUAACUCAGUAACACCUUUGAAAUUGUUGCAUGUUGCGUUUAUAUUUUUGUUCAGUGUACAAAUCUUAUAGAUUGUUUGCAGAUAGUCAGAUAAUGUGAUCAUCAUACAUUAUCUGAGCUACAUUAUCUGAUCAAGGUCUGUGGACUCAUCUGUCUGUUCCAUACCCAAUGUUUCCAAUAUUGUCUGACUGUCUGUUCCAUACCCAAUGUUUCCAAUAUUGUCUGACUGUCUGUUCCAUACCCAAUGUUUCCAAUAUUGUCUGACUGUCUGUUCCAUACCCAAUGUUUCCAAUAUGUCCUCGCUGCUGUUCCAUACCCAAUGUUCCAAUAUGUCUGACUGCCUGUUCAACCAAUGUUUCCAAUAUUGUCCGACCGUUGUCCAACAGUUUCCAUAUUGUCCGACUGUCUGUCCAUACCAAUGUUCCAAAUUGUCUGACGUCUGUCCUACCCAAUGUUUCACCAAUAUGCGUGUAGCGUUCCAUACCCAAGUUCCAAUAUUGUCGACCUUUCAUAGCAAUGUUUCCAAUAUGUCGACGUCUGUCCAUACCAAUGUUGCCAAUAUUGUGCUGCGGUUCCAUACCCAAGUUCCAAUAUGCUGACUGUCUGUUCCAUACCCAAACUUUGCAUUGUUUACUAUGUUGCAUACCUGUUGCUCAUCCACUCUCCAUGGUGAUCAUGCUAUUCAUUGACUACAGCUCAGCCUUCAACACCAUAGUACCCUCCAAGCUCAUCACUUAGUUCAGGUCCCUGGGUCUGAACCCCGCCCUGUGCAACUGGGUCCUGGACUUCCUGACGGGCCGCCCCCAGGUGGUGAAGGUAAGAAACAACAUCUCCACUUCGCUGAUCCUCAACACUGGGGCCCCACAAGGGUGCGUGCUCAGCCCCCUCCUGUACUCCCUGUUCACCCAUGACUGCGUGUCCAAGCACGCCUCCAACUCAAUAAUCAAGUUUGCAGACGACACAACAGUAGUAGGCUUGAUUACCAACAAUGACGAGACCGCCUACAGGGAGGAGGUGAGGGCUCUGGGAGUGUGGUGCCAGGAAAAUAACCUCUCACUCAAGAUCAACAAAACAAAGGAGAUGAUCGUGGACUUCAGGAGACAGCAGAGGGUGCACCCCCCUAUCCACAUCGACGGGACCGCAGUGGAGAAGGUGGAAAGCUUCAAGUUCCUCGGCGUACACAUCACUGACAAACUGAAAUGGUCAAGGCAUCACAGGGGGCACACUGCCUGCCCUCCAGGACACCUACAGCACCCGACGUCACAGGAAGGCCAAAAAGAUUAUCAAGGACAUCAAUCACCUGAGCCACAGCCUGUUCACCCCGCUAUCAUCCAGAAGGCGAGGUCAGUACAGGUGCAUCAAGCAGGGACCGAGAGCCUGAAAAACAGCUUCUAUCUCAAGGCCACCAGACUGUUAAAUAGCCAUCACUAGCCGGCCUCCACCCAGUACCCUGCCCUGAACUUAGUCACUGUCACUAGCCGGCUACCACCCGGUUACUCAACCCUGCACCUUAGAGGCUGCUGCCCUAUAUACAUAGACAUGGAACACUGGUCACUUUAAUAAUGGAACACUGGUCACUUUAAUAAAGGAUCACUGGUCACUUUAAUAAAGGAACACUGGUAACUUUAAUAAAGGAACACUGGUCACUUUAAUAAAGGAUCACUGGUCACUUUAAUAAAGGAUCACUGGUCACUUUAAUAAAGGAUCACUGGUCACUGUAAUAAUGUUUCCAUCCUGUUUUACCCAUCUCAUAUGUAUAUACUGUAUUGCAGUCCAGUCCAUCCUAUUUAACUAUUGCUGUAUCUAUUCUAUUCUAUCCUACGUAUUCUUCAGAUAUACUAAAUAUUCUAUCCACAUACUGUCCAUAAUGUCUCUACAGCCCAUCACAUAUCCAGAGCCUUCAAAAAGUUUUCAUACCCCUUGACUUAUUCCACAUUUUGUUAUGUUUCGGCCUGAAUUCAAAAUUGAUGAAAUAUUUUUUUUCUCACCCAUCUAAUCUACACACAAUAAUACCCCAUAAUGACAAUGUGAAAACAAACAUGUUUUUAGAAAUGUUGGCAAAUUUAUAGAAAAUUACAGAAAUCUAAUUUACAUAAGUAUUCACACCCCUGAGUCAAUACUUUGUAGAAGCGCCUUUGUCAGUGAUUACAGCUGGGAGUCUUUCUGGGUAAGUCUCUAAGAGAUUUCCACACCUGGACUGUGCAACAUUUGCCCAUUAUUCUUUUCAAAAUUCUUCAAAAUCUGACAAAUUGGUUGUUGAUCAUUGCUAGAUUUAAGUCAAAACUGUCACUCAGGAUCAUUCACUGUCGUCUUGGUAACCAACUCCAGUAUAGAUUUGACCUUGUGUUUUAGGUUAUUGUCCAGCUGAAAGGUGAAUUCAUCUCGCAUUGUCUGGUGGAAAGCAGACUGAACCAGGGUUUCCUCUAGUCUCCCAGUCAGCAGACUGAACCAGGGUUUCCUCUAGUCUCCCAGUGUCUGGUGGACAGCAGACUGGACCAGGGUUUCCUCUAGUUUCCCAGUGUCUGGUGAACAGCAGACUGAACCAGGGUUUCCUCUAGUCUCCCAGUGUCUGGUGGAAAGCAGACUGGACCAGGGUUUCCUCUAGUCUCCCAGUGUCUGGUGGACAGCAGACUGGACCAGGGUUUCCUCUAGUCUCCCAGUGUCUGGUGGACAGCAGACUGGACCAGGGUUUCCUCUAGUCUCCCAGUGUCUGGUGGAAAGCAGACUGAACCAGGGUUUCCUCUAGUCUCCCAGUGUCUGGUGGACAGCAGACUGGACCAGGGUUUCCUCUAGUCUCCCAGUGUCUGUGGACAGCAGACUGAACCAGGGUUUCCUCUAGUCUCCCAGUGUCUGGUGGAAGCAGACUGAACCAGGGUUUCCUCUAGUCUCCCAGUGUCUGUGGAAAGCAGACUGAACCAGGUUUUCCUCUAGUCUCCCAGUGUCUGGUGGACAGCAGACUGGAACCAGGGUUUCCUCUAGUCUCCCAGUGUCUGGUGGAAAGCAGACUGAACCAGGGUUUUCCCUCUAGUCUCCCAGUGUCUGGUGGACAGCAGACUGAACCAGGGUUUCUCUAGUCUCCCAGUGUCUGGUGGACAAGCAGACUGAACCAGGGUUUCCUCUAGUCUCCCAGUGUCUGGUGGACAGCAGACUGAACCAGGGUUUCCUCUAGUCUCCCAGUGUCUGGUGGACAGCAGACCGAACCAGGGUUUCCUCUAGUCUCCCAGUGUCUGGUGGACAGCAGACUGGAACCAUGGUUUCCUCUAGUCUCCCAGUGUCUGUUGGAAAGCAGACUGAACCAGGUUUUCCUCUAGUCUCCCAGUGUCGGUGGAAAGCAGACCGAACCAGGGUUUCCUCUAGUCUCCCAGUGUCUGGUGGACAGCAGACUGGACCAGGGUUUCCUCUAGUCUCCCAGUGUCUGUUGGAAAGCAGACUGAACCAGGGUUUCCUCUAGUCUCCCAGUGUCUGGGGACAGCAGACUGGAACCAGGUUUUUCCUCUGGUCUCCCAGUGUCUGGUGGAAAGCAGACUGAACCAGGGUUUCUCUAGUCUCCCAGUGUCUGGGGGAAAGCAGGACUGGACCAGGGUUUCCUCUAGUCUCCCAAGUGUCUGGGGGAAAGCAGAUUGAACCAGGUUUUCCUCUAGUCUCCCAGUGUCUGGGGGGACAGCAGACUGAACCAGGGUUUCCAUCUAGUCUCCCAGUGUCUGGGUGGCAGGCACAGACUGAACCAGGGUUUCAUCUAGUCUCCCAGUGUCUGGUGAGAAGAACAGCAGACUGAACCAGGGUUUCCUCUAGUCUACCCAGUGUCUGGUGGACACGCAGACUGAACCCAGGGUUUCCUCUAGUCUCCCAGUGUUCUGGUGUGACAGGCAGGACUGGAAACCAGGGUUUCCUCUAGUAGUCUCCCAGUUGUCUGGGUGGACAGCAAAACGGAACCAGGGUUUCCUCUAGUCUCCCAGUGGUCUGGUGGACAGGCCUGACUGAACCAGGUUUUCCUCUAGUCUCCCAGUGUCUGGUGGACAGCAGACUGAACCAGGGUUUCCUCUAGUCUCCCAGUGUCUGGUAGACAGCAGACUGAACCAGGGUUUCCUCUAGUCUCCCAGUGUCUGGUGGACAGCAGACUGAACCAGGUUUUCCUCUAGGAUUUUGCCUGUGCUCAGCUCCAUCCCAUUUAUUCUUUAACAUGAUGCAGUCACCACUAUGCUUGAAAAUAUGGAGAGUGGUAUUCAGUAAUGUGUUGUAUUGGAUUUGCCCUAAACAUAACACUUUUAAUUCAGGACAAAAAGUGAAUUGCUUUGGCAAAUGUUUUGCAGUAUCACUUUAGUGCCUUGUUGCAAACAGGAUGCUUGAUUUGGAAUAUUUAAAUUAUGUACAGGCUUCCUUCUUUUCACUCUGUCAUUUAGGUUAGUAUUGUGGAGUAACUACAAUGUUGUUGAUCCAUCCUCAGUUUUCUCCCAUCACAGCCAUUCAACUCUGUAACUGUUUUAAAGUCACCAUUGGCCUCAUGGUGAAAUUCCUUAGAGGUUUCCUUCCUCUCCGUCAACUGAGUUCGGAAGGAUGCCUGUAUCUUUGUAGUGGCUGGGUGUAUUGAUACACCAUCCAAAGUGUUAUUCAUAACUUCACCAUGCUCAAAGGGAUAUUCAAUGUCUGCUUUUUUGUGAUACAGCCUGGAAUCGAACCAGGGGGUCUGUGCAAUAAUAGUGUUGAACAUGAAUUUUGAAUGACUACCUCAUUUCUGUACCCGACACAUACAAUUGUCUGUAAGAUCCCUCAGGCUCCCGAGUGGCGCAGCGGUUUAAGGCACUACAUCUCAGUGCUUGAGGCGUCACUACAGACCGAGUGGAGCAGCGGUCUAAGGCACUGCAUUUCAGUGCUUGAGGCGUCACACAGCUGUAUAUUAAUCUAGUAUAUAUUGUCCUGUACCCAGCUGUAUAUUAAUCUAGUAUAUAUUGUCCUGUACCCAGCUGUAUAUUAAUCUAGUAUAUAUUGUCCUGUACCCAGCUGUAUAUUAAUCUAGUAUAUAUUGUCCUGUACCCAGCUGUAUAUUAAUCUAGUUAUAUUGUCCUCUACCCAGCUGUAUAUUAAUCUAGUAUAUAUUGUCCUGUACCCAGCUGUAUAUUAAUCUAGUAUAUAUUGUCCUGUACCCAGCUGUAUAUUAAUCUAGUAUAUAUUGUCCUGUACCCAGCUGUAUAUUAAUCUAGUAUAUAUUGUCCUGUACCCAGCUGUAUAUUAAUCUAGUAUAUAUUGUCCUGUACCCAGCGUAUAUUAAUCUAGUAUAUUGUCCUGUACCCAGCUGUAUAUUAAUCUAGUAUAUAUUGUCCUGUACCCAGCUGUAUUAAUAGUAAUAUGUCCUGUACCCAGCUGUAUAUUAAUCUAGUAAUAUUGUCCCCUACAGGGAGAGGAGAUCACUAAGGAGGAAAUAGACAUGUUGAGUGAUGCAUGUACCAAGCUAAAGGAACAGAAGAUGUUCCCUCACUGUGGAGUGGAGUUUGAGGACCUAAGUGGAGGGGAACUGACCUCCACGAGGUGGGUGGUGUUAUACCCCUAUUCACUGUGGUGUGGUUGUUUGCCCCCAUCACCUGUGGGGGGUGGUUAUACGACCCAUACUGACGGGGGUUUA